AUGGGUCUCCUGUCGCUCAUCACCGGCAGGCCGGGCGCCAGCGGGUUCGGGUCGGCGUCCACGGCGGAGCAGGUCACCGACGGCGUCGACGCCUCGAACCUCACCGUCGUCAUCACAGGAGGACCUAGCGGCAUCGGCCUGGAGACGUCGAGGGUCUUGGCCCUGAGAGGAGCCCAUGUCAUCAUCGCGGCGAGGAACACGGAGGCCGCGUGGGAGGCGAAGAAGAGCAUAACGGAGGCGAACCCAGCCGCCCGGGUCGACGUUCUGAAGCUCGACCUCAGCUCCCUCAAGUCCGUCAGGGCCUUCGCCGAGCAGUUCAACUCCAUGAACCUCCCUCUCAACAUCUUGAUAAACAAUGCAGGUGUGAUGUUCUGUCCCUUCCAGCUCUCCGAAGAUGGGGUCGAGAUGCAGUUUGCCACCAAUCAUCUCGGUCACUUUCUGCUGACCAACCUGCUGCUUGAUAACAUGAAAGCCACUGCUGAGUCUACGGGUAUCGAGGGCCGCAUCGUGAAUCUGUCAUCGAUCGCCCACGAACAUACUUAUCCGAAGGGGAUUCAAUUCGAUACACUCAAUGACAAGAAAACAUUCGACAGAAGGUCGGCCUAUGGACAAUCCAAGCUUGCGAACAUACUACACGCUAAAGAGCUCUCUAGACGGCUCAAGGAGGAAGGAGCUAACAUCACGGUUAAUUCCCUUCAUCCUGGAGUAAUCAUGACCAAUUUGAUGAGGCACUCCUAUGCUGUCAUGAUUGCCACCUGCUUGAUCUGGAAGAAUGUACCCCAGGGAGCAGCAACUACCUGCUAUGUAGGGCUCAGCCAUCAGCUGAAGGGAGUCACAGGCAAAUACUUUGCUGACUGCAACGAGGAGAAGACGAGCAAAUUGGGAGAGAGCGACGUCUUGGCGAAGCAACUCUGGGAGUUCAGCGAAGAGCUGGUCAAGUCUGCGAGUCAGAUCUAAAAGCAGGCGAGAGAAAGGCGUAGUAGGAACCUACCGCAUGCAUGGUGAACCAGUGUCGUUCAUUAACAAAUUUUCGUGCUUGUUGUUUGGAUCGUGACCUAAGAGGCUAAGACCAAUAUGCACCCUGGUUAAAUUUCUCUA